AUGAACAAGACCAAGGAAGUCAUCUCCAACUUCAUGUCCAAGUCUGGACAUCACGACACAACCGUUCAUGAGAGUGUCAACCCGGCAGUGCAACAUGAGACCGUCCGGCCUUCGCAGCAUGAGGAAAUCAACACUGCCAUUGACAAGGAAAUCCAUCAGGAUCAUUACCACCAUACCGUCCAACCGAUCCAAGAGCGUGAGGUCCUUUCGGAACAGCACCACCACAAUCUCGGCCAGACAGAGCACCGACAGCUCGACCACCGGGAUGAAGCCAAAACCCGGGCAGCCCUCGAUGCCGAGUCUGCCAAGUUUGCGGACCAGUCUCGACGGAUGGAGACUACUCAGACGCAGAGCCAUGCUCCCGUAGUCCAGGGCGAACACGUUCACCAUCAUGUCCACGAGACCUAUCAGCCCGUCAUCCACAAGGAAACGGUCGAGCCGCACGUGGUGCACACGACGGUGCCGAUCCACGAGACGCACCACAACGUGGCCCAGCACCACGCCACCUCGACGCUGCCGGCCAUCAGCAUGUCCGAGUUUCAGCAGCACGGCGGCACCCGCGCGGGCGGCCAGCACGACCACCACCGCUUCGAGGGCGUGCCCGACACUUCGGAUGCCUCCUUUUCCGGCAGCAACAAGGGCUUCCGCAACAUCUUGUCGUCGGGCCACACGGCCUCGGGCAACAUGGGCAGCAGCGCUACUACCGGCACUCGUGGAGUCGCGGGCAACAUGGGCACCCAGGGCGGCGCCCAGUCUGCCGCCGCCACGGCUGCUGCCACUGCUGCCAUGGAGGGCGCGACUUACCAAAAGGGACAUACUCGCGCUGAUUCAGGAAAGGACUUGGAUGACAUGGAUCCAGCCACGGCCAAGAAGGGUGUUCCGACUAGAAACAUUGGUUCUGUAUUUGACAAGGUGAAUGCGGGUCGUUGA